GAAAGACUCCAUGAAACGCACGUUGCUCUUGUACUUCCUCAUUGUUAGUCAUUGACCGGCGCAAAGGCAGCAAGUAACGUCAUCAUGAGCGCAAAUUCGGAGGCUGGUGAUCAUCUUGACGAGAUCUACGACUGGAUCGAUCAAAUCAAGUUUUCUAGGCCUAAACGAAAUAUAGCCAGGGACUUUUCCGAUGGCGUGUUGAUGGCAGAACUGUUGAAACAUUAUUAUCCUAAACAUGUGGACGUGCAUAAUUAUGUCGCCGGAAACAGCAUUGCGAAGAAGAUCGACAAUUGGUGCACUCUAAAUCGGAAGGUGCUGUCAAAGAUCAACAUGAAACUGGGAAAAGACACGAUUCAUCAAUUGGCGAAUUCUCAGUCAGGGAUCAUAGAAAAGAUCCUUAGUGAUCUGAGAGCUAAGGUCCUGAGGGAUUGUAACGCAGACAGAGAAUCCUUGUAUUCUGGCCAUGAAGAUAGUAAAGAGGUAAUAAAGUCCGUUUUAAAUCCUGAAGAGAUAACAAGCAAGACCGUUCCGCGGCACAUUUUCGCUCGACUGAAACAAGAAUUGCAGGAGAAAAACGACACAAUCUCCAUGCUGCGACAAAAGAUUUUGCACCUGGAAAGUAUAAUAAAACUUAAGGACCAAAGGAUCGAGGAUCUCACGGUGCAGAUUACAAGACCACCAAUCGAGCGAAACGUGACUACUCCGCGUCCUUAUCUUAUCGGUAGCGAAAUCUUGAAGCUACAUGCCUCUACUAAAUUGUCGCAAUGAAUCUUUACAAUGUACACUGACAACUUUGUUAUGUAGUAUGUACAAUAUAAACAAAUCAAAUAU